GUGUGACCUCUUCGAAUUCGCAGCUGCCAGCACGUGGGUCGCAGUACACUGGUGUCGGCCUGGUGAUUGACCAGGUGGAGAGCAUCCUGACCAACAGGACAGAGAUGCGCGCGAAGCUAAGGGCAGAUCUGGAGGAGCAGUCAAGGCAGCAGCUACGCAAUUGCGUAGAGAA